CACAUUGCGAGGGUCUGCGCCUCCUUGGGAAAUCAAGGCCGCAGAGAUCGACGUCUUGUAUCCAUGUUGACUGGCCACAUUCUCCGGGAGGAGUACCAUGGACCAUGUGAGUGCGUUCCGACCCUUGCUGCCACGGGCCCCUGGGCCCUGAUGGCGGUCGGAGAACAAAGACUGGGGAAACCCCACGCUGGAUGCUGCCACAGUUUGAGUCAUGAUGAGGGAAGAAAAUUCCUUCCCAUUAACCUGGAAGAAAGCUCAGUGAAUUAACGGCCAGUUGCAGGGAAAAUAAGGGGAUGCUGGCGGAAAUGGCCGCCGGUUUCUUUGUUUGAUCCCUCACGUCACACAGCUUGACUUCCCGUUUCGUAUUUAGUCUGUGGUCGCAGAGUUAGCCUCCACAGCCGCAUCUCUCUUCAUUUCAAUUCAACGCGUUGACAGUGUCCCAAAAUGUCGUCCGCAACAGGGGAAGCGGGCAGCAUCCAAAAGGGCGACCGGGUGGUGACGACGGGCUGUCAUCCGCUGGAAAUUGAAGCCGGCGAGCGGAGUAGCGGAGAGGCCGGUACGCGAUAUGACCAUAGCGAUAUGAAUCGCAUGGGCAAAGCGCAGGAGUUCAAGAGAAAUCUCCGACCUCUGGCUGCCUUGAGUUUCGCUUCAGUCUUGCAGGCCACCUGGGAGUUUAUUCUAAUAUCCAACUAUGAAGGCCUCGAAGACGGUGGAAUGGCUGGCUUGGUGUGGACAUACGUGUGGACCUUUGUUGGAUUCGGCUUCAUCAUCGUCUCAUUAUCGGAGAUGGCGUCCAUGGCUCCAACAUCAGGUGGCCAGUACCACUGGGUGUCCGAAUUCGCCUCGCCACGAUACCAAAAGUUCCUAAGCUACAUCACCGGAUGGAUGUCCGUUCUCGCAUGGCAAGCCGGCGCCGCAUCAGGGUCCUUCCUCACCGGCACAAUCAUCCAAGGGCUUAUCAGCGUGCGCAACCCCGAUUACGACCCCAAACGAUGGCAAGGCACCCUUUUCGUUUUCGCCAUGAUCCUGAUCAUCUACUUCUUCAACGUCUAUGCCGCCAGCUGGAUGCCCCGUAUACAGAACGCCCUAUUAGCCCUCCACACCAUCUGCUGGGUAGUAGUGAUCGUCGUCCUCUGGGCCAUGGCACCCCGCCAGUCCGCAAAAGCCGUAUUCACCGAAUUCAGUCUCUACGGCGGCUGGAACAACGUCGGGCUAGCACUAAUGAUCGGACAAAUAUCCGCCAUCUACGGAUCCCUCAGCUCAGACGCCACGGCACACAUGUCCGAAGAAGUGCGCGACGCCGGCCGAUACGUCCCCAUGGCCAUCUGCGGCGGCUACUUCAGCAACGGAAUUCUAGCCCUUGUACUCAUCAUCACCCUCAUGUUCGCAAUGCCCUCGGUCAAAGACGCCCUAGACGACCCGACCGGAUUCCCCUUCAUCUACGUCUUCAAACAGGCUGUCUCCACCGCCGGCGUCAACGGCCUCACCGCGAUAAUCCUCAUCCCCGUCAUCUUCAGCAACAUCCUCUUCAACGCCUCCACAGCCCGUCAGACCUACGCAUUCGCGCGCGACCGCGGCCUGCCCUUCUCAAACUGGAUCUCCAAGGUCAACCAGCACUACAAACUCCCCGUGAACGCCAUCGCCCUAUCAUGCAUCAUCAGCGGCCUUCUCUCCCUCAUCAACAUCGGCUCCGACACCGCCUUCAACGCCAUCAUCUCCCUAAACGUCGCAGCCCUCAUGUGGACCUACGCUAUCUCCAUCAGCUGCGUCAUGUAUCGCAAGAUCGCAUGUCCGGAGACAUUGCCCCCGAGACGGUGGAGUCUGGGGAAGCACGGGAUCUGGAUUAAUGCGGUAGCGUUGGUAUAUGUGAUCUUCGCGCUGUUCUGGUCCUUCUGGCCGACUGAGAUCCCGGUGACAUUGAACAAUUUCAAUUGGAGCGUGGUGCUCUUCGUUGGAGUGUUUGUGAUUAGUUUGGCCAUGUAUGUUGUUCAGGGAAGGAGGGUGUACAAGGGGCCUGUGGUGGAUGUUAAAAGGGAAUCGUUGUAGUUCGG